CAUAUAUAGAUGGCAUUAUACAGACAUGGACCAACUGCCAGACUGCAACAAGAUAUGUCUCAAAGCUCUUGAUGAGAUAACUAAAGAAAUUAGUCACAAGGUGUACAAGAAGCAUGGAUGGAACCCAAUUGAUUCCCUAAGGAAGACGUGGGCAAGUUUAUGCAAUGCAUUUCUAGUGGAAGCAAAAUGGUUUGCUGCGGGGGAGAUCCCAAAGCCUGAGGAGUACUUGAAAAAUGGGAUCAUCAGCACAGGAGUAUAUGUGGUGCUAGUACACAUUUUCUUUCUGUUGGGUCAAGAUAUUACCAAGGAAAAUAUGGAGUUAGUAAACAACAAUCCAGGCAUAAUAUCAUCCACGGCCACAAUUCUUCGACUCUGGGAUGACUUGGGAAGUGCCAAGGAUGAGAAUCAAGAUGGCCGAGAUGGAUCUUAUGUGGAUUGCUACAUGAAGGAACAUCAAGGCAUUACAAUGGAGGAUGCACGCCAACAUGUUAUGCAAAUGAUUUCAAAGGCUUGGAAGCAGCUGAACCAGGAGUUCCUCUCUCCAAAUCCAUUUCCAUCUUCAUUUAGGAAGGCUUCCCUCAAUAUUGCAAGAAUGGUUCCCGUAGUGUACGGUUAUGAUAAAAAUUACCUAAAAAUCAUGGAGGAGUACGUGGAAUCCAUUCUCUGUGAAAGGACGUAAGCCACAAAAAUGGCUAUUAUAUAACUUCUUAAUGAACAUCCUAAUAAUUAACAGUUUAAACCUUUAUAUGAGAAUAAAAUUGAAACUUUCAAUUUAAUGAAUAGUAGCUGAGGGAUGGAUGAGGGGCUUAUCUGUUAGGAAUUGUAACUGUACUUUGAUACUACUUCUUGAGAAAAAUCCCUCAUUUAUGUUUUAUACCAAUAAUAGUAACAUGCAAUCAUGUUUCAUGAAUUGAAAAAAUGUACUCCUCUAUGAAGAAAGAUAAUUGCCUUGA